UCGCUAAGCAGCCGGCCGGCGUGCGGACUGCGCAGGUGCGCUCCUCAAGCGCGGCCUCCUCAUCCCACGCACAUCUCACAGCGUGAGGGUGGGACGGCGGCCAGAGGCUUGGCUGGAGGUGGUACCCGAGACCGCGAGAGCGAACUGGGGUCUCCAGAGACCUCGCGAUAGGGGCGCGGGCGAGGCCCAGCGCGACGGCCGUUGUGAGCACGGUGGCCACGGGCCGGGCCUGUGCUGCACGGAGCCCGCGGGUGCGACCUGCGCCUUUCCCGGGGCCGAGGCCACGCGCAGCGAAGACGAGCUGCAACCCCACGCUGUGAGUCCUAGAGCAAGUCCCCUGGACCCGGCCUCUCCGUAGGCCACGCCUGGGCCUGGGAAGAUGGAGGGAGACCAGCGGUCCGGCCCAUCGGCGCAGGGCCUGCUCCCCGAUGGCCACUUGAUCCUAUGGACGCUGUUCUCCGUGCUGUUGCCGGUGUUCAUCACCUUAUGGUGUAGUCUGCAGCGUUCGCGCCGGCAGCUGCACCGCAGGGACAUCUUCCGCAAGAGCAAGCACUGCUGGCGUGACACCGACCUGUUCAGCCACCCCACCUACUGCUGCGUGUGCGCCCAGCACAUCCUGCAAGGAGCCUUCUGCGACUGCUGCGGGCUCCGCGUGGACGAGGGCUGCCUCAAGAAGGUCGACAAGCGCUUCCCGUGCAAGGAGAUCAUGCUCAAGAACGACAGCAGGGCCGCAGAUGCGAUGCCCCACCACUGGAUCCGCGGCAACGUCCCCCUGUGCACUUACUGUGUAAUCUGCAGGCAGCAGUGUGGCAGCCAGCCUAAACUCUGCGACUACCGGUGUGUUUGGUGCCAGCAGACAGUCCACGAUGAGUGCAUGAGAGGCAGCUUAAAGAGUGAGAAGUGUGAUUUUGGAGAAUUCAAAAAUCUCAUCAUCCCUCCAAGUUAUUUAACGUCCAUUAACCAGAUGCGUAAAGACAAAAACACAAAUUAUGAAGUGCUUGCUUCUAAGUUUGGAAAGCAGUGGACCCCAUUAAUAAUCCUGGCCAACUCUCGUAGUGGAACUAACAUGGGAGAAGGACUGUUGGGAGAGUUUAAGAUGCUGUUAAAUCCCGUCCAGGGACAAGAAAAAUACAUUCCAGAGGUUGCAGUCUUACCUCUGGGAACAGGCAACGACCUAUCCAACACCCUGGGCUGGGGUACUGGCUAUGCUGGAGAAAUCCCGGUUGCACAGGUCUUAAGGAAUGUAAUGGAAGCAGAUGGAAUCAAACUAGACAGAUGGAAAGUGCAGGUAACAAAUAAAGGCUACUACAGUUUAAGGAAACCCAAGGAGUUCACAAUGAACAACUACUUCUCUAUUGGACCCGAUGCCCUCAUGGCUCUCAAUUUUCAUGCUCAUCGUGAGAAGGCGCCGUCUCUGUUUUCCAGCCGAAUCCUUAACAAGGCUGUUUAUUUAUUCUAUGGAACUAGAGAUUGCUUGGUGCAAGAGUGUAAAGAUUUGAAUAAAAAAAUUGAGCUAGAGCUGGAUGGUGAGCGAGUUGAACUGCCUAACUUGGAGGGAGUUAUUGUUCUGAACAUUGGCUACUGGGGCGGUGGCUGCCGACUGUGGGAAGGAGUGGGAGAUGAGACGUAUCCUCUAGCCAGACAUGAUGAUGGCUUACUGGAAGUUGUUGGAGUAUAUGGGUCUUUCCACUGUGCUCAAAUCCAGGUGAAACUGGCAAAUCCUUUUCGAAUCGGACAGGCCCAUACCGUGCGGCUGACUUUGAAGUGCUCCAGGAUGCCGAUGCCGAUGCAGGUGGAUGGGGAGCCCUGGGCCCAAGGGCCCUGUACUGUCACCAUAACGCACAAGACACAUGCACUGAUGCUGUACUUCUCUGGGGAGCAGUCGGAUGAUGACCUCUCAAGCCCUUCAGAUCACGAGGACUUAAAGGAGGCCGAGUAGAAGGCUGAGAUGAAGCGUAUCUGCCCAGAUGGGUGACAUGUCGCCCACAGGACACUGCUGGCCGUCAGCUGUCAUUUCCUUCCUAGCAUUGUGUGUGAGCAUGUGAACAGCAUUUCCACAGCUAGACUUCAGUAUCACAGACACACUCUCCUGUCAGCAACACACUCUGAUCAUUAUCACUAACUGAAAAGAAAAACCCACCACAGAGAGGUCCAGGAAGAUGAAACACUUCUCCCGGCUGGACAUUGUAAGACUGGCCUCACGCCGCAUUGUGCACUGCCUUGGUGGACAGGAUGUGGACGGAGAGAUCAUUCCCUCCCUCAGUUCUUGGUGUGUAUUAACGCGUUAAACGUUAGCUUGCUUUUGAACUGCCCUGGUUAACAUGGGCUUCCUCCCGCACUGUGCCAAGGAAGAUGCCCCACACCUCAAACCAAAUGGACCCUGCAUUCUGAUUCCUAGGAGCACCUGAGGAGAAAAGUGAAAGAAAGAUGGCGCUUACCAUUUUCACAGUAGAUAUUUCCUAUCAGGCUUUCAGAUUUUCACAACCAUAUUGAACUGAAGUGCAAAAUCUUUUUUUUUAAUUGUUUUUGUUUGGGAAGUACUAAGGAUUGAACCUCUGGAAGUCUAGAUGAAUGCUCUAUCAUUGAACUACACUCCAGCACUGGUGUGUAUGCACACACAAACACACACACACACACACACACACACACACACACACACGUAUAUAUGUAUAUACAACUAGAUAGGUAGAUGGGGCUAAAGUAAGAUUUAGAAAACUUUGGAAUGGAAGCUCUACAGUUCACCAGCUUUUCUUUAGACUAAAAGAUAUCAUUGACUGGAAAAAAUAGACACAUAAGGGAAGCCUCCAAGUCAGAUUAGUUACUCAAAAAAUAGUCCAGGCUGACUGCCUUCAAGUUGAGUGGUCUUGUGUAGUGAAACACUGCAGGACUCUUGACAGCAUUGCCCUCAGAGAGGGAGCUCUGCUAAGAUGUUUGUAUCCUAUUUAUUUCAAAGUAUGAAAGAUAUAUUUUUAACUUAUUGUUUACCUGUGGCGUGAUGCUUCUGUUAAGCGUUUACACUGUAUUGUAUAGCUUUAUUUAGUAAAGUGGUCACAUAAAUCUGCUGGUCACAGUCACAUAGCACUCUCUCUCUCUGUUCCAUGGCAUAUAUACUCACUGUGCUCAUUCCUCAGACCUUAAAAGGGAGGGCACAUGAAUAAGAAAGAACUUGAGGGGUUGGGGAUUUAGCUCAGUGGUAGAGCACUUGCCUAGGAAGCGCAAGGCCCUGGGUUCGGUCCCCAGCUCCGGGAAAAAAAAAAAAAAUUAGAAAAAAAAGAAAGAACUUGAGGUCCCGCAAAGCUUCCUUUCUUUCCUUGCCCCUCCGGCCUCCAUUGGGAAGCACUUAUUGAAGGCAGGCCCAUCGCUUCCAUUAGGGGGCGCUGUGCCGCUGCUGUCCGAGGCCUGCCUCUGCAGUUCGCCACACCAGUGGGCAUCUGGCUUGGUGGUCUUUCGUGAAUUAAUUUCUGAAAGACUAGAAUCUACUCCCAAACCACCAUUUGUCUCCCUUUAAUGGUUUCUUAUGAAUCUGCAGUCAGUGAGUUGCCAUAAACGUCAGUUUAGUCACCUCAGGCCCAGACCAUGUUUUUGAAAGAACAACUUAGUAAGUAAAAUAUUAGUACAUUAUCCAAAGUAAUUUUACCCUGCUGGGUUAACCUUUUCCACCUGUUCCUGGGGGCUAUCAAAUUCUACUGUUGAAAGAUGUUCCAUGGGUUUGCUCCAACUUACACCUUCAGAGUGGAUCCGCAGCCGAGGUUUGAGAGCCGUGAGAGUUUGUACCUUGUUCCUUGUGAGCUGAUCGUGUUUGGUGUGUAAUGAGAUUCAUCCUUAGAGUCGUGGUCAGAAUUGUUAGAGAGUCACCCUCUGAGGCAUACUAUUAAAUUUAUUGUGGAUAUAUUUAGUUACCUGUAUUUCAUAAUGUUCUGUUUGUGGUAAAACAAUUUAUUAAUUUGGGGCUAUCAGUCAAGAUAGGGUAACUACCGAGAUUCUCCAGGUAGAGGAGGCUUGUGUCCCCUUGCCAGGACACGCCAUGAUGUCUUUCUGAUGCCUUACUCAGAUUCCAUAUGUAACUUCCACAAUACUGUAUCGUAAAACAGACCAGUAUUUUAUUUACUGCAGCUCACAUUUAGGCACUAGUUUACCCAGCAUUCCAGACAAAUGUAUAGGCAUGUGCCUUGUUUGAAUACAAUUUGUAAUACUUGGUGUUUGCAAGUUAUAUAUUAGAUGGUGAUAGCUUAUUACAAGCCUCUGUACUUCACAAAAUGAUUGACUAUGAGAUCCCUCUGUUCCAUUUAAAGUUGUCUCCAUAGCAACACAACUUACACAUUCUCAGGAAAAACUAAGAACCAUCUCUUUGUAUCUGUUUCCACAUCUCUUGUCUUUUCUGCUCUAAUACAUUCCUCACGCCUCAUGAACUUAGUGGCUUAAACUCCGAAUAGGUCCUUAGGGAUAGUUUUCAGCGCUUUGCAUAUGUAAUAGUGUCAGAGGCUUUCCUGUCUCAGAGUAGGCAUUGUCCAGUAGUGAGGUAACUGAACUUAAAUGUUUUAGACUUUCUGCAACUUAGCUGUGAACCUGUAAUGUAGCUGAUAUUUAUAAAAAAAUUUUAUAGUGAAAACUAUUUAUUUUAUUUUUUUAGAGUGUGGAAGGAAAAUCUGUAGCAAUUACUUUUUGAGUAUUUGUGUGCCUGGUUGUAAUGAGGCUGACUUAGAAAAGUUCUUUUUGUGCUGUGUAAAUUUAGUAUUUCUGCCAGCAUGUCAGAAAGUAAUUUUCACCUAUAACAUAAAGUAAAAUAUUCCUAGUCUACACUGUGGGAUUUUAAUUUGCACUUGCUAGGAAACUUGAAAGGUUAUGAUGAUUUGCACAUCAAUAUGGACCUAAAUACAUAAUCUGACCAGAAAGGUCAGUGGAAUAGGCAAUGACAUCAUGAUACUUUUGUUCAAAAUGAAACUAUGGAAGCAAGAAACCAGCACUUUAUAUUCAGAAAUGGGGGGGGGGGUGUUAAUUUGGUUUCUGUGACUUUUUUUAAAUUUCUGAAUGGUUUAGGACAAGGGAUGGAUUUUAAGUCUAGAAAUUUUAAAGGAAAAAUAGUUUUGUUGCCCAGCCUCAUGACGUCACAUGCUCAGCAGCAGCUCUCCUUUAAGAGCCAGGAGGGCCACAAGUGUGGUUGAGGGGUGAACUCCUGCCCCUUUUUGGAUCAACUUGGCAAUCCCAAUACCUAGAGGCUAAGUUCAAGGCCAGCCUGGCUGUACGUGAGGCCCUUAUCUCAAAGCAGUUGCUUGCAUUCUAACCCGAUUGGUGACCUAGCUAUUGGAAAGUGAUAGCUCCUGGAGUGACCUAGCUUUCAGAUAAGUUGGUGGAGCGAUUAGUCUUUAGAUUAGUGCGUGGACUCUUGGAGGACGGGGAGUAGGUGCUGGUGGAGCACCUCAGUCAGUGUGGCAUUACUCUGCACUGAGCCUUACUGAGUCAUAUACAAGACCAGUAGAUAAAAUAUUUCCACUAUUUAAAAAAAAACAACCCUCAGUAGGGCAUGGUAGCAAUAUCUGUUAUCUCAGAGAGAGGCAGGAAGAUCUCUGAGUUCAAGGCCGGCCAGCCAAGGCUACCUAAACCCUGUCUCAAAAAAAAAAAAAAAAAAAGAGCUUUUAUGUGUACGGCUGUUUUGUCUGCAUGUAUCUGCACCAUGAUCAUGUGAGUAUUGGGACUUGAAGUCAGGACCUCUGCAAGAACAGCCAGCCAGUACUCUUCACCACUGAGCCAUCCCUCCAGCCCUGAGAUUGUAUUUUUGUAAAAGGGAUUUGGAAAAUGCUAUCUCUGAUGACUUAGUCACAUGAUUGAUUUUCCAAUGAUUUUUUUUUUUAAUUCAAAACCUCAUGUGUUUCUGGAAAUACUCUUUUGGGGAUCUUAGUUGCCACUUGGAUUGCACUCCCUGGGCUAUCUCAAGCUUUCUGUGAGAAGUUUGUUGCAUAGUAAAAAAAACCAAACUUAGCCUCUAUUCCUUGGGUUGUGAUUGUAGUGUGGAAAUUGACUGUGUAUUCAGUUACUUUAUGUAAAUACGCACAGAGGUGUUUACUCUGUGCCCCUGGCUGUGUAAGGAGUCUGAAACUUACUGGUCUCGAAGGGUAGAUCCUAAGAUUCUUGAAGGCAUAUUAGAGUCAAGCUUUAAUGCAGACAUUGGCAAGAUUUAGCUCUCUAGAAUAGCUGUAGAAUGUCCAGAAAGCAUGUAGUCAUUAUGCUGACACUAGACCAAAAACAAACAUUUCCUAGGUCUCUAUAAGGGUAACCUGGGCUACUCACUGAAGGAGCCAGCACAGAACAGGAAAGGAACGCUGAUCUGUCUGGUCGGUGACUGACAGAGAAUGUUGAAACGAGGAGAGUUGGGAAGUUAGAUUGUUUCCUGGUUCUUUCUGACAUUGUCCAAGCAUGAUAGCAUCCUGAUUGGAUGGGCAGAUGUGACAGGGGAGGAAAAACACAGGGUUACGUAGGGCAGUGCAUGCUCUUAGGUGGCGAUCGCCUCCUACACCUUUUGUAAUUGCUGGGUUCAGGACUCGGCUAGUAGUCCUUAGAACUUGAUCCACCUAAAUGACCCCUAUGAAUAGCUGGGCCCUCUGCUCUUUGAUUCUGCUCUGUGCAAGUUUAGAGCAGCCUAUCUGGGUCCUCAGUCCUCUCACAGGAGAACCUCUACUCAUACCUCUUAACCCACAGCACUGAAGAUAUUCGGCGGACCCCACUGGAGCAGCCAGCUGGCUUCUUAGACAUUGACCCUGCUCUGACCGCAGUAAUAACAUCAUUGUUACUUAUUCUAUGUUAAUUAUUGAGUUGGGUCUGUAUCCUGUGACCAGUGCCUACAAACAGAAGUGUAAAUGAAAGCAUUUGAUACGUUGAAGAUAGGUUUGCUUGUUUUAAAAUAAAACAUAAAGUAUAGUACUUACAAA